AUGCCUGCUCCUUCCAGGUGGCACAAGCAGCAAGGAUUCGUAGAAGGUCAGUUUAGCUACAGGAAGGGCGGCAGCAUGGGGCGCAUGUAUGGCAGGGGCAAGGGAAUUGCCUCCUCGGCAAUCCCUUACAAGCGCACGCCGCCGACGUGGUUGAAGAUGAAGCCAGAGGACGUGUGCGACCACAUUUGCAAGCUCGCCAAGAAGGGCCUGACCCCGUCUCAGAUCGGCGUGACCCUGCGAGAUAGCUUCGGCGUUCCCCAGGUAAAGAAUGUCACAGGCAACCACAUCCUGCGCAUCUUGAAGACCAAUGGCCUGGCGCCGACACUGCCGGAGGAUCUGUACUACCUCAUCAAGAAGGCUGUGUCCAUCCGCAAGCACUUGGACAAGAACCGCAAGGACAAGGACGCCAAGUUCCGGCUGAUUUUGGUGGAGAGCCGAAUCCAUCGUCUCGCCAGAUACUACAAGCGCGUGAAGUCCUUGCCAGCCACCUGGAAGUAUGUCUCCGCCACGGCGUCGGCACUGGUGGCCUAA